AUGGGUGAAAUUCAUCUCGAAGUCCAAAUUGAAAUCCACGAGCAUCACAAAGAGCUCCAUAUCCUUGGAGGGGAUCAUAACAAGCCUUCCACCUAUUCUACCGUCAUGGCGUGGGAUCAAGAGUUCGGUGUCAUCUUCAAGAGAUGGCAUGAUGAGAAUGACAAAAAGGAACCUCUCGAAUGUUACGAGUUCAUCUUCUAUCCUCUUGGUAGCCCCCACCCUAUUCCCGAUGGCUUCGGUCCUGGUCCGGUCAAUAACCCAGUCAUCGUCAAGCCUGAGGACUCCCCCAAAUCCCUUGGGCUCUCCAACACCAUUCCCCUCUGGGUUAAGAACAACCACCACCAUCACCAGCACCACGAGGAGUAUUCCAAAACUGAUGCCUAG